CACGGGGGGGACACGAUCGGUGACACCCGCGGGGGGAGCACCCGAGAAGGGGGGGGGAGGGGAACGGGACCCCCCCCACCCAAAAACCCCGCCUGGGACCUCUGUGACCACCCCCCGGGACCCCCCAAAACCGCGCCCGGGACCCCCCUGACCACCCUCGGGACUGCCUGGAACCCACCCGGGACCCCCCUAACCUCACCCGGGACCCCCCAAACCGCACCCGGGACCCCCCAAAACCCACCCGGGACCCCCCAAAAGCCCCGGCGGGGGUCCCGCGGCCAUGGCCGAGGGUGAAGGCGAGGACGAUGUGCAGUUCCUGCGCACGGACGACGAGGUGGUCCUGCAGUGCACCACCACGCUGCUGAAGGAGCAGCUCAAGCUCUGCCUGGCGGUCGAGGGCUUCGGGAACCGCCUCUGCUCCCUGGAGCCCACCUCCAACGCACAGAACGUGCCCCCCGACCUGGCCGUGUGCUGCUUCGUGCUGGAGCAGUCGCUGUCGGUGCGGGCGCUGCAGGAGAUGCUGGCCAACAGCUCCGACGUCGGCAGCGAGGGGGUCGAUCUGGAUAAGUGGGUUUGUGGGGGUCUGGGGGGUCUCGGGGGGCUCUGGGGGUCCCCAAUAACCGUGUGUCCCCCCCCCCAGUACCUGAGCUGCCUGACCACGUCCCGCUCGGUGACCGACAAGCUGGCCUUCGACGUGGGGCUGCAGAAGGACGCAGCGGGCGAGGCGUGCUGGUGGACCAUGCACCCGGCGUCCAAGCAGCGCUCGGAGGGAGAGAAGGUGCGGGUGGGCGACGACCUGAUCCUGGUCAGCGUGUCCUCCGAGAGAUACCUGCACCUGUCCACGGCCUCGGGCGAGCUGCAGGUGGACGCGUCCUUCAUGCAGACCCUGUGGAACAUGAACCCCAUCUGCUCCGGCUCCGAGGAAGGUUACGUCACCGGCGGCCACGUCAUGCGCCUGUUCCACGGCCACAUGGACGAGUGCCUGACCCCCACGGCCCCCGAGCAGGGCGAGGAGCGCAGCAGCGUCGUCAACUACGAGGGCGGCGCCGUGUGCGCCCACGCCAGGUCCCUGUGGCGCCUGGAGCCCCUGCGCAUCAGCUGGAGCGGGAGCCACCUGCGUUGGGGACAGCCCUUCCGCCUGCGCCACGUCACCACGGGCCGCUACCUGGCGCUGACCGAGGCCACCGGGCUGGCCAUGGUGGAGGCGGCUGCGGCCAACACGCGCGUGGCCACCUUCUGCUUCCGGGCCUCCAAGGAGAAGCUGGAGACCACCCCCAAAAGGGACAUCGAGGGCAUGGGGCCCCCCGAGAUCAAGUACGGGGAGUCGCUGUGCUUCCUGCAGCACGGCAGCAGCGGGCUCUGGGUCACCUACGCCGCCCCCGACCCCAAAGCCCUGCGCCUCGGGCUGCUCAAGAGGAAGGCCAUCCUGCACCAGGAGGGGCACAUGGACGACGCGCUGACCCUGGCGCGCUCCCAGCGCCAGGAGUCGCAGGCGGCUCGGAUGGUCUUCAGCACCACGGGGCUCUACGGGAGCUUCAUCAGGAGCCUGGACAAUCUCCGGGGCCGCCCCCGGGGGUCUCCCCCGCCGCCCCUUCCCAUCGCCGCUGUCAUCCUGAGCCUGCAGGACCUCAUCGGGUACCUGGAGCCCCCUCCCCAGGAUCUGCGGCACGAGCAGCGCCAGGGCCGGCUCAGAGCCCUGCGGGCCCGCCAGAGCCUGUUCCAGCAGGAGGGGAUGCUGACCCUGGUGCUGAGCUGCAUCGACCGCCUGAGCGCCUACAGCACCGCGGCGCAGUUCGGGGAGGCCGCGGGGGAGGAGGCGGCGGCCGCCUGGAAGGAGAUCGUCAACCUGCUCUACGAGCUGCUGGCCUCGCUGAUCCGAGGGAACCGAGCCAACUGCGCCCUGUUCUCCACCAACCUGGACUGGCUGGUCAGCAAACUGGACAGGCUGGAGGCCUCCUCGGGGAUCCUGGAGGUUCUGUACUGCGUGCUGAUCGAGAGCCCCGAGGUGCUGAACAUCAUCCAGGAGAAUCACAUCAAGUCCAUCAUCUCCCUCCUGGACAAGCACGGCCGCAACCACAAGGUGCUGGACGUGCUGUGCUCGCUGUGUGUCUGUAACGCCGUGGCCGUGCGCUCCAACCAGAACCUCAUCACCGAGAACCUCCUGCCCCGCCGCGACCUCCUGCUGCAGACCGGCAUGGUCAACUACGUCACCAGCGUGCGUCCCAACCUGUUUGUGGGGACGGCUCCGGGCUCGACGCAGUUCCGCUGCUGGUACUUCGAGGUGGCCGUGGAGCGGGCGCUGCCCUUCGUCACCGCCGUGCCCACCCACCUGCGCGUGGGCUGGGGGGCUGCGGGGGGCUUCCGGCCCGCCCCGGGCGGGGGCGCGGGCUGGGGGGGCAACGGCGCCGGCGACGACCUCAACUCCUUCGCCUUCGACGGACUGCACCUGUGGACAGGGGGUGUCCCCAAGGCCGUGGCGUCCCCCCAGCGCCGGGCUCUGGCCGAGGGGGACGUGGUCAGCUGCUGCCUGGAUUUGGGGGUCCCCAGCGCCUCUUUCCGCCUCAACGGGGCCCCCGUCCAGGGCGUCCUCGAGGGCUUCAACCUGGACACGCUCUUCACCCCCGUGGCCAGCUUCUCGGCCGGGAUCGUGCUGCCCCCACACCUGGAGCGCAUCCGGGAGAAGCUGGCGGAGAACAUCCACGAGCUGUGGGCCCUGACCCGCAUCGAGCAGGGCUGGACCUACGGGCCUGUGCGGGAUGACGUGCAGCGCCUCCACCCCUGCCUGCUGAGCUUCCACAGCCUCCCCGACCCCGAGCGCAGCUACAACCUCCAGAUGUCGGGGGAGACCCUCAAGGUUUGAUGGGUUCCCUGUGGGUGGGGGGUCUUGGGGUGCCCCUGGGGGGUCUCGGGGUGCCCCAGGGGGGUCCCACAGGUGUGUCCCCCCCCGUCCAGGUACACCAUGUCCAACGGGUACAAGCCGGCGCCGCUGGACCUGUCUCACGUCCGGCUGACGCCGGCGCAGCUGACCCUGGUGGAUCGGCUGGCCGAGAACGGCCACAACGUCUGGGCCCGGGACAGGGUCCAGCAGGGCUGGACCUACAGCACCACCCAGGACAUCAAGAACAAGCGGAACCCUCGGCUGGUCCCCUACAACCUCCUGGACGAGGGGACCAAGGCCACCAACCGCGAGAGCCUGUGCCAGGCCGUGCGGACCCUGCUGGGCUACGGCUACAACAUCGAGCCCCCCGACCAGGAGACGCCCUCUCAGGGGUCAGUUCCCGGGGGUCCCCGAGCCCCCCGGCCGCGGCUGUUCCGGGCGGAGCGCAGCUCGGCCGUGCGCAGCGGCCGUUGGUAUUUCGAGUUCCAGGCCGUCACCCCCGGCGAGAUGCGCGUGGGGUGGGCCCGGCCCGGGCUGCGCCCCGACACCGAGCUGGGCUCCGACGACAUGGCCUUCGUCUUCAACGGGCACAGGGCGCAGCGGUGGCACGUGGGUGGCGAGUCCUUUGGCCGCUCCUGGCAGGCCGGGGACGUGGUUGGCUGCCUCAUCGACCUGGGCGAGUGCCACAUGAGCUUCACCCUCAACGGGGAGGUGCUGAUCGGGGACGGCGGCUCCGAGGUGGCCUUCAGGGACUUCGACGUGGGGGACGGCUUUGUCCCGGUGUGCAGCCUGGGGCUGGGCCAGGAGGGGCACCUGAACCUGGGCCAGGACGUGGGGACCCUGCGCUACUUCGGCAUCUGCGGCCUCCAGGAGGGCUACGAGCCCUUCGCCAUCAACAUGAAACGUCCCAUCGCGCUCUGGUUCAGCCACAGCCUGCCCCAGUUCGUCCCCGUGCCCCCCGAGCACCCCCAGCUCGAGGUGACGCGCGUGGACGGCACCGUGGACGCCCCCCCGUGCCUGCGCCUGUCCCACCGCAGCUCCGGGACCCCCGCCGCGCCCCCCGAGCUGCAUUUCCUGCGCCUCAGCCUCCCGGUGCAGUUCCACCCCACCUUCCGCUGCGCCCCCGGGACCACCCCCCUGCCCCAGGCGCCCCCCCCGGAGCCCCCCGAGGAGGGGACCGCAGACCCCCUGUCCGAGGUCGAGCGGCUGCGGCGGUUCCUGUUCAAGGGCCGGAAGACGCCGUUCACGCCCCCCCCCGCGCCCCCUCCCGUGCCCCGGCUGGAGGAGGACGUGGUGCCCGACGAGCGCGACGACCCCGAGGUCAUCAUGAACACCACCACGUACUACUUCUCGGUGCGGCUGUUUGCGGGGCAGGAGCCGGGCAGUGCCUGGGUGGGCUGGGUCACCCCCCACUUCCACCAGCACGACCCCGACUUCGAGCUGGCGCGAGUGCGCAGCGUCACCGUCACCAUGGGCGACGAGCGCGGCAACGUGCACGACAGCAUCAAGCGCAGCAACUGCUACAUGGUGUGGGGGGGGGAGUUUGCGACCCCCACCCAGCAGGCCAGGGUGUCCCACACCGACCUGGUCAUCGGCUGCCUGGUGGACCUGGCCACGGGGCUGAUGACCUUCACCGCCAACGGCAAAGAGAUCAACACCUUCUUCCAGGUGGAGCCCAACACCAAACUGUUCCCGGCGGUGUUCGUGCAGCCCACCACCCAAAACGUGCUGCAGUUCGAGCUGGGAAAGCUGAAGAACAUCAUGCCCAUCUCGGCCGCCAUGUUCAGCAGCGAGCGGCAGAACCCGGCCCCCCAGUGCCCCCCCCGGCUGCUGAUCCAGCACCUGACCCCCGUCACCUGGAGCCGAAUGCCCACCCAGUACCUGGGCGUGGAGAGCGCCCGGCUGGGCGAGCGCCAGGGCUGGGCCGUCGAGUGCUCCGAGCCCCUGCAGAUGAUGGCCCUGCACAUCCCCGAGGAGGACAGGUGCAUCGACAUCCUGGAGCUGUGGGAGCGGCAGGAGCUGCUGCAGUUCCAGUGCCACACGCUGCGGCUCUACUGCGCCGUCUGCGCCCUGGGCAACAACCGCGUGGCCCACGCCCUGUGCAGCCACGUGGACCAGGCCCAGCUGCUCUUCGCCAUCGAGACCCCCGAGCUGCCGGGGCCGCUGCGGGCCGGCUACUACGACCUGCUGCUAGCCAUGCACCUGGAGGCGGCGCAGCGCGCCCGCUCCUCCAUGAGCGCCGAGUUCAUCGUGCCCAUCGCCGCGGCCACCCGCGGCAUCGCGCUCUUCCCCGAGGGCGCCCGCUGCCCGGGACCCCCGGGCGUGGGGCCCAGCGCUUGUUUGAGACCCCAGCCUCAUUUCUCGGAGCCGUGUUUUAUCCGUGCCGGCGGCGCCGGCGGCGGCGGGGCGCCGCUCAGCCCGGCUAUCCCGCUGGAGGAGCUGGGAGCCAAGGCCAUGAGGAUGCUGGCCGAGGCGGUGGCCGGGGGUGGGCCGCACGCCCGGGACCCCGUCGGGGGCAGCGUGGAGUUCCAGCUGGUGCCCGUGCUGAAGCUGGUGUCGGCGCUGCUGGCCGUGGGAGCGCUGGGCGACCGCGACGUGCGCAGGGUGCUGCGCAUGAUCGAGCCGCGCGUCUUCGGGACGCGGCAGCAGCACCCACGGCAGCAGGAGCAGGAGCAGGAGGAGGAGGAGGAGGAAAGGACGAAGGCCAUCGAGGCUGGUGAGGAGGAGGAGGAGGAGGAGGAGGAGGAGGCGAGGAGGAGAAAGGCCAUCGAGGCUGGAGAGAUGGAGGAGGAGGAGGAGGAGGAGGAGGUGCGGAGGAGGAAGGCCAUCGAGGCCGGAGAGCUGCAGGAGGAGGAGGAGGAUGAGGAGGAGGCCAAGAGGACGAAGGCCAUUGAGGCCGGGGAGGUGCAGGAGGAGGAGGAGGAGGAGGAGGAGGAGGAGGAAGAGCUGGAGGAGGGGCUGCUGCAGAUGAAGCUGCCGGAGUCGGUCAAGCUGCAGAUGUGCCACCUGCUGCAGCACCUGUGCGAGCGGGAGCUGCAGCACCGCGUGGAGGCCAUCGUGGCGUUCUCGGAGCGCCACGUGCAGCGGCUGCAGCGCGACCAGCGGCGCCGCUACGGCCGCCUGAUGCGGGCACUCACCAUGUCGGCCGCAGAGACCGCCCGGCGCACGCGGGAGUUCCGGUCACCCCCCCAGGAACAGAUCAACAUGCUGAUGCAGUACAAGGCAGGGGCUGAGGAUGAGGAGUGUCCGGUGCCCGGGGACAUCCGGGACGAGCUGCUGGACUUCCACAAUGACCUGCUGGCCCACUGCGGCAUCGAGCUGGCGGAGGAGGAAGAGGAGGAGGAGGAGGAGGCGUCGCUGCGGCAGCGGCUGCUGGGGCUGGCACAGAGGGUGCUGGGGGUCCGCAGCCCCCCCAGGGAGGAGGAGACCCCCCCCGAGGAGCCCCCGGUGCCCAGCACUCUGCAGGAGCUGAUCUCGCACACCAUGGUGCACUGGGCGCAGGAGUCGUUCAUCCAGAGCCCGGCUCUGGUGCGGGCCAUGUUCCGCCUGCUGCACGGGCAGUACGACGCGCUGGGCGAGCUGCGGCGGGCGCUGCCCAAGGCUUACGCCAUCAGCGCCACCUCGGUGCCCGACACCACGGCCCUGCUCGAGUGCCUGGGCCAGAUCCGCUCGCUGCUCAUCGUGCAGAUGGGCCCCGAGGAGGAGAACCUCAUGAUCCAGAGCAUCGGGAACAUCAUGAACAACAAGGUGUUCUACCAGCACCCCAACCUGAUGCGGGCGCUGGGCAUGCACGAGACGGUGAUGCAGGUGAUGGUCAGCGUGCUGGGCGGCGGCGAGUCCAAGGAGAUUCGCUUCCCCAAGAUGGUGACCAACUGCUGCCGCUUCCUCUGCUACUUCUGCCGCAUCAGCCGCCAGAACCAGCGCUCCAUGUUCGACCACCUGGGCUACCUGCUGGAGAACAGCGGCAUCGGGCUGGGCAUGCAGGGCUCCACUCCCCUGGACGUGGCGGCCGCCUCCGUCAUCGACAACAACGAGCUGGCGCUGGCGCUCAAGGAGCAGGACCUGGAGAAGGUGGUCACCUACCUGGCCAGCUGUGGCCUGCAGAGCUGUCCCAUGCUGCUGGCCAAGGGCUACCCCGACAUCGGCUGGAACCCCUGCGGGGGUGAGAAGUACCUGGACUUCCUGCGCUUCGCCGUCUUCGUCAACGGGGAGAGCGUGGAGGAGAACGCCAACGUGGUGGUGCGGCUGCUGAUCCGGCGUCCCGAGUGCUUCGGGCCGGCGCUGCGGGGCGAGGGCGGCAGCGGGCUGCUGGCCGCAAUCCAGGACGCGCUGAGCAUCGCCCAGGACCCCGCCAGGGACGGGCCCAGCGGCCGCAGGGAGAGGAGACCGUUCGGGCCCGAGGAGCCCCCCGAGGAGAACCGUGUGCACCUGGGCCACGCCAUCAUGUCCUUCUACGCCGCCCUCAUCGACCUGCUGGGCCGCUGCGCCCCCGAGAUGCACCUGAUCCAGGCGGGGAAGGGGGAGGCCCUGCGGAUCCGGGCGAUCCUGCGCUCGCUCGUCCCGCUGGAGGACCUGGUGGGGAUCAUCAGCCUCCCCCUGCAGAUCCCGGCGCUGGGAAAAGACGGGAACGUGGUGGAACCCCGCAUGGCGGCCAGCUUCGUCCCCGAGCACAAGGCGCCCAUGGUGCUGUUCCUGGACCGCGUUUAUGGGGUGCAGAGCCAGGAGUUCCUGCUCCACGUGCUGGAAGUGGGGUUCCUGCCCGACAUGCGCGCCGCCGCCUCGCUGGACACGGCCACGUUCAGCACCACGGAGAUGGCGCUGGCGCUGAACCGUUACCUGUGCCUGGCGGUGAUGCCGCUCAUCACCAAAUGCGCGCCGCUCUUCGCCGGCACCGAGCACCGCGCCAUCAUGGUGGACUCCAUGCUGCACACCAUCUACCGGCUGUCGCGCGGCCGCGCCCUCACCAAGGCCCAGCGCGACGCCAUCGAGGAGUGCCUGAUGGCCCUCUGCAGGUACAUCCGUCCCUCCAUGCUGCAGCACCUCCUGCGCCGCCUCGUCUUCGACGUCCCCAUCCUCAACGAGUUCGCCAAGAUGCCCCUCAAGAAGUUCGAGGCGGAGCUGUACAAGCUGGCCAUGCCGUGUCUCUGCGCCAUCGCGGGCGCGCUCCCUCCGGAUUACGUGGACGCCAGUUACUCGUCGCGCACCGAGAAGAAAGCGUCGGUGGACGCCGAGGGCAACUUCGACCCCAAACCCGUCGAGACCCUCAAAACUGUCUGUCCUCAUCCUGAGACCCCCCGAGCCCGUAUCCAGAACAACUGGACUUUCGGGGAGGCCGUGGACGAGGAAGCCAAAACGCACCCGAUGCUGAGACCCUACAAAACGUUCUCGGAGAAGCCCCCAGCCCGUGGACCUGAGCGGGGUCACCCUGUCCCGGGAGCUGCAGGGGGCGGCUCCCACCCGCUGCUGGUGCCCUACGACACGCUGACCGCCAAGGAGAAGGCGCGAGACCGCGAGAAGGCGCAGGAGCUGCUCAAGUUCCUGCAGCUGCACGGAUACGCCGUCACCCGGUGA